AUGGUUGACAACGAGGUUGUCGCUUGUGAGGAUACUUCAUAUAUUCUUGAAGAUGAUGACGACUAUUCCGACGAUAUGCUUAAUGAUAAUGUACCGACCGAAGAGCCUGAAGCUAUUACAUUCCUCGAGGGCCUGCAGCGUUGGGCGCUGGCAUCAAAAAUUGCAUUGGUGCAUGCAGGAUAUUUGGUAUGCCUGGCAAUAUUGCUGGUAGCCAACUGCGCGAUUGCGGCGAAGGAAGGUGGUGCUAUCGAGCGGAAGCUCAACAUCGAUCCAGCCCUAAGGAAGGCGUUGCUACGCGCCCUUCGUCACUUGAAAGAGCGACAGGAGGAGGAGAAGCAAGAGCAUCUAUUAAGCGACUCCAACACAACCGAGGAGAACUUCGCCACUACCAUCCUGGACGAGAUUCUAGAGGAGAGUUCGGUGGCGGACGACCAAGAGAACGCACGCGUUCGUGCUGCAGAUACGCCCGCCAUCGAAUUCCACACGUAUGUCACGAACAGCCCACGGGAAGAGACCGACACCCUCGAGGGUGAGGUUGAGCAACGGGAAUCGGACCCGGUCACGGUGGGAUCAGCAGGGACGAACGAAAUCAUCAAGACGAUCAUCAUCGCGAAGCCUAAAUCAACUCUAAGCACACCGAAACUAGAAUCCGAGAAUGAGAUCGUUCCACAGGUGCUACUAGAUGGUAACACCGUUGCUUUACCGUCAGCAGAUUCCAGUACCACCACGUCUCCUGUUCCUUCAGCUACCAUAACGAACACAGUACCUCCAGUGUCGACGACAGCUGCUCCAACUCACAACGAAGACGGUGAAAACAUUGAGCAGGUAAAGUCGGAGGAUGUUAAGAUAUUCCAGGCACCGCUUGUAGCGGCUUUCACAGUCCAACAGGAUCAGCUAGGUGUUUCACGCAAUGUCAUCCCACUGCUGCAAACUCCUCCAAAGCAGCAGACUGCCCAACCGUCUUCUGGUUCCAGCUCUAACGGCUCCGCAGCAUCAGCCAGCUCCGAACCUAUGCCUACACUACUCCCUCCGCAAGUCUCGGGUAUGCCGGUGCCAGAAGUCACGCGAGCACUCGAAGAGAAGACACGCCAGCUCGAGCAGCAACUAAUCGCCCUCCAAAACCAGCAGCGUGCACAGGAACAGCUGCUACGAGCUAAGCUACAGCAAGAGCAGGCCAUUAUACAGCAGCAACAAAUACAGCUACAGCAGCAGAAGCAGCGGCUCGAUGAGGAGACUCGCCUGCGCAUCCAUCGAUUCGAGCAAGAGCAACGCCUUUUCCGUCAACAGCAGCAACAACAGCAAUUGUUCCAGCCACUUCAACUACAACAGCAGCUACCGUCGCAGCAGCAACUCCUCCCAUUCAAACCGUCCCAGGCUUCACAGCAGAUAGCACCUCAACCCACCUUCAUUCAGGAGCUUCCCCGGCCCGGCCCAGCCGUGCAGUUCAUCCCGAGCGUCAGCCUGCCGGGUGGCAAGCCGAUCCCGAUCUCGGUUGAGCAACAGCUACCCUUCAAGGAAGCCGUCGACUUCCAGGCCUCACAACAAGCACCGCAACAGUCCCAACCAAGCACUACCGUCGAGCAGGUGAAAGCCAUCAGCCAGCCGACGCCACCAUUGCCACCGCAACCGCCACAACUCGCCCGCGACCAGGCCCUUCCGCUAAAGCCCUUCCAGCCAUUUAACCUUUUCCCGGUCCUUCCUCCACUGCAGCUCGGUCCUAGCCCUUUCGAUCAGCAGCAACUACCGCCGCUACAGCAGCGCAACCGGAUCUUCCGCCAAGAGCCAGCGACCGGCAAUUUCGGCCUUAACCAGCAGCCAUUCCGGCCAUCACAACCAUUCGCCAGUGAUAGCCAAAAUCUGCAGAACCUACUGUUCCAGUCCGGCAUCACAUCCCGCUCCGCCGAAGAUUUCAACAUCAUCACGAAGGUGCUCGCCCUUAAUCACGGCAUCCCGCAAGCCUCCUCUCAGCGCAUGUUCGCCAAGCUGAGCCCCGAACAGCAACGGCAGCUGCUCUUCCGGAAGUGA